CCCUUUCUUCUCACGUCGCUCGGUUUCACCACGUUCCAAAAGGCGAAAGGUCCUUCCUUCCUCUCUUCUUCCUUCGAAAGCUUGGAGGAGGGAUGGGGAAUUGCCAGGCCAUUGAUGCGGCGGCGCUGGUGAUACAGCACCCGGAUGGGAGGCUGGAGAGGAUGUAUUGGCCCGUCGCGGCCAGCGAGGUCAUGAGGACCAACCCGGGCCAUUACGUCUCUCUUAUCAUCCCGCUGCCCGGCCCCGGCGACGAGAGGAAGGAGAGCGACCGGCAGGACCCGCCGCCCAAGGCGGCGGUGCGCUUCACCCGCGUGAAGCUACUCCGCCCCACGGAGACCCUCGCCCUCGGCCACGCCUAUCGCCUCAUCACCUCUCAAGAGGUGAUGAAGGUGCUGAAAGCGAAGAAAUAUGGCAAGACGAAACAGAGGCAACAGCAAUCAGGUGCAGCUGAGAAAGCAAACGCUGGAGUGGCAAAAGACGAGAGCUCUGACAUGGACGCCAUCAGCAAGGUUUCAAAACGGGGAAUCCAAAGGUCGAGAUUGGCGGCGGCGGGCGGCGUUGCGGUGGGGAGAUCGAAAUCCUGGCGGCCCAGCUUGCAGAGCAUAGACGAAUGUGGAAGCCGGUGAGUUCCCAAUGGCGCUUCAUCGAUGCUAGUUCAGUUUCCAUCCAGAGGAAGCACUAAGAAAGAGCCUAUGAUUUGCCAAAAUGGAGACGAGGCCCUUCUCAAAUGAGUUGAACAUCUUUCGAAGCCAGGUCAAAGGAGAAACAGGGGAUGAUGGAGGAUCUCAAUGUUGGGUGAAGGAAAGAGGAGAAACGAUCUGUCGGGACCCGGCGACCAUUUUCUCCCGGCUCCAGAGCUUCCCGUUUCUCUCAAGACAAACACGAUUUUCUUGUGGCCAUGAGAACUUUAGUUUGUAAAUUUAGGACAUAAGCGAAUGAACCAA